AUGGCUGAGAUAUCUGUUGACAGAUUUGCAAACAAAAUCACAUCAUCAUCAUUCAUCAAAGACCCUGAAACUCUAAUCUCCAAAGAUGGUAACUUUACCUUUGGAUUCUUUAGCCCAACAAAUUCUUCUACAAACCGCUACGUCGGAAUUUGGUGGAAGUCUCAACUCACAAAUAUAUGGGUGGCUAACAGAAAACAUCCACUGAAUGAUUCUAAUGGGAUUGUCACAAUAUCUGAUGAUGGAAAUCUUGUGGUAUUGAAUGGACAGAAACAAGUAAUUUGGUCAUCAAAUGUUUCCAACAUAGAGUCGAAUAAUACUAGUGUACAUGGCUAUAUGUCUCCUGAAUACGCAAUGCAUGGACAUUUUUCAGAGAAAUCAGAUGUUUUUAGCUUUGGUGUUUUGUUACUUGAGAUCAUUAUUGGUAGAAGAAACUCAAGCUUUUAUGGCAAUGAGCAUGCUCUGAGUCUUUUAGGAUUUGUCUGGAUUCAAUGGAGGGAAGACAAUAUUUUAUCUUUAAUAGAUCCAGAAAUAUAUGAUCAUAAUGAUCAUAAGAAUAUUUUGAUAUGCAUACAUAUAGGACUUUUAUGUGUACAAGAAUCAGCUGUAGACAGACCUACUAUGGCUACAGUAAUUUCUAUGCUCAAUAGUGAGGUUGCAUCUCUUCCUCCUCCAACUGAACCUGCAUUCAUCCUGAGGCAGAAUAUGUCGAAUUCAAAGUCGACUGAAGAAAAUCAAAGCGUGUGUUCCAUUAAUAAUGUCAGUAUUACAGACGUAUGUGGCAGAUAGCACAUUAAGGACAUGAAGCACAACCACUCUUCAGAUUAGGCGUAUCCCUGUGUCGGAAUUGUUUUGGUGUCCGACACCGACACACAUGGUUUCAUUGAAUUAUCUCAUUUUCUUAAAUUCUUGUCGAUGUCGACGUGAAAGUGUCGUGUCUGAUGUCUGUGUCCGUGCUGCAUAGCUAAGGACUGUACUCUUUAUGUGUGCAAGAGCUUGUGAAGGACAGACACAGUAUGGCAUAUAGUGCUUAAUAAUGACUUUAUGUUAUCUUCAAUUCUUCAUUCUCCGCAAAGUUCACACAAUUUUCCAUCCAAUAUUAAUUUAUUCAAGAGUUCAGAUUCAAGUACUACAUUGAAAAUUA